AUGAACCGGCGGGCCGGGCUCCCUUGGGAGCAACCUUACGCGACGGCUGACUUGGAGAAAGAUCUAACCGUACAGGUUAUAUCUGAUCUACAGGCAGCCAGGCGUGCAUUCAUGGCCGAAGGCAAGGGACUGAAGGACUUCAGCAAGUGGCUGGGCAAGCCGGUCAAGGUGAUCGAGAUCAACAGCAAACAAGGCGUGAAAUGUGAGAUGCUUUUCUCAAAGAGCCAAAAGCCGGAAACAAUUUGGAUGGUAUCCGCUGCCCUGACGAAGCCCGUGGCAUCAGACAAGGACUUCGUCCGACGCUAUAUGGCUGGCAUUUACUCGAGUGUGCAUCGCCGUCUUUUUGAACAGAGCCAGUUGAGAGUCCAUCUCUUCUGUGAGGAAGCACCUGAAGGUGUUGAGAUGUGCUGCACCAACCUAUCCAGUACCAGAAAUGAUGCCGCGCUUAUGCAGUCGUGCCCACCGCAUCACUUCUGCUGCACUUUGGGUGUACCCCCGAGUUCGGAGAUGAGUGAGCUCACUCUGAGAUUCAUUCUGAACCAAGACCGUUCAGUCCCAUUCAUGGAGCGUGUUCUGAACGGCAGCAUUCUGAAUGAUAUGCUUGGAAGAAGCGAUCUCGACAAUUUGUUACAAUCAGAUGUGAAUAUCGCGCACCCGUCUAACUCCUACGUCUUCUGCCAGGUGAUGUUUGAAGGGAAGCAGAAUUUGGAGCAGGCUGACUUGUAUGGUCACUUCGUGUCUAGCUUCUACAAGCGCUUGGCGGCGGUGGCAUGCGAAGGUGCUUCCGAUGCUGCCGAGCUUCAAGCUGUCCUGCUGGAUUUUGCUGGCCUGUGCCAACUUCUGCCAUGUGCACCAAACUUAGAAGACUUCCUGAAACAGUUGGCCAUGCCAAUCAAUUCCGCGCAAGCAGUGCUGGCUGUGUGGAUCGUGGGGCGGCUUGUCAAGCUUGACGAUGACGAUGGCUUCGCCCCAGGCGAGUGGGUGAUUCUGAAUCUGGGCUGCCUCCGGCGGGGAAAGAAGCACAAGAAGAAGGGGCAGCAAAAUGAGAUGGAGGCAAAUCUGAACACUGUCGUGCCAUUGGUCACCAUUUCUCCCUUGGAGAGCAGCACGUUCGUGCUUCAUUCGCUGGCGGCAUGCUCGCUUGACUCUGUCGAGUUCGAAUCCCUUAUCGAUACUCAAGAUGAGGAUUGGCGACGUGGAUUGUCGACACUUCUGCUCGCUGAUGCAAGAAAGGGUGGCUCAGCUUGGCUGGAUGCUUUGAGGCAGAUGGUCAGAGCAGAGACUCUGUAUGGAAACUUGGCUCUUGAAGGCUUGCUUCAUCCAGUUGCUUUCAAUCCUGACGGAGGAGAUUUUGAUGAGACGAUGAUGAGACGAUCCUUGGGGGAGAUGCAGAACUACAUCACGGAGAUGUCCACAGGGGCUUGCGAGGCUUUGUGGGAGGCUUUGCUUGGCAACAGCUACGAAUUCAGGACUCUGCUGUUUGUCGUGGGCUUGUGCGAGGCUCCGAGGCCGCAACAGGUUGUGGAGCUGGAUCGGGAGAUCGAAGAGCCGCAGCCGGAGUCAACGGGAGCAUCCGACGCAGGGGAGCCGCAUCAAUUGAGCUGUGGUCAAAGAGCUCAAGAACAAGCUGAGCUUCAAGGAGCGAAGGUUGAUGCACAGAUCAUGGUUCAUGCCCUCUUGGGAAGCCAAACUGGGACAGACUACUCGGCCAAAAUCGGCAAGCAAAGGCGGUCUCUGGGAGAGGUCUGUGAUAUAUUCUCAGGUGCGAGCUCCCUCGCCCGCCACAACCUGCACGCGACCUUUGAACAAUGCUUCGGACGUGCGGCCUCCGAUAUUUUCCAAGUCGAGCGCCUAGAAGACCUUGACUCAGAGAUGGCCGCCAUCGGCGAGCUCUUGGCCAGAAAUGAUUUCGAUGACAUGGCCGCCCUGCUUCUUCGGCGAACGAUGCGACAGCUGUGGAUUCAGUGCCGUCGGUCAGACUCAGAGGCACCGGUCGUUGGGCAACGUGCGGCUGCCCAAGCUUCUCGCAAGCUAGUGGGAAGCUUCACUCAAUUCUCCCACGCGCUGAAGCUCUCAGACGACGAGGUGAUGAGACUUCUUCGUGAGUAUGUGGAGCUGCAGAUGCUGAGGUAUAAGUCGACGCAUAGGAAACCACUUGCAGCGCUCUUGGUGGCCACCGAGUUGCUUGAGCUCUUGCAGAAGUCAGCUUCUGCAGAUGCCCUUGCAAUCGCAAUUGCAUCCAUUGAAGCUGAGUUUGAUGCUGUGGGGGAGAGGGCUCUCCUGGAGAUUUUGCCCGGUUUGUCUGCUGCCGAAGUCCUUCCGGUCCGGAGAACGACUGACGAUCGUCGCCUUUCCGCACGGAGCGUGGAAGUUUGUUUGACGGCCCUGUCUGGCCAAAGUCGAGAGCAUGCGGAAGCCGCUCUUGAAACGCUUCUGAAUGCUGCUCAACCGCUGCCCGACCCACUCUCGUUGCUCGAUGACGACGGAAUCCCCUGGCGCCGGAUUCUUGAGGAAGCCAUGUCUUCGUUGCAGACGUGGUUGAAGGAUGUGCUGGAAGGUAACAUUAGCUUGCGGCAGGCAGAGGAGGUGCUCCAGGCAAAACCUGCGCUUCUGGAAAUUCUUCCGCUGUACCAGGAGUUGAAAACAGAGGCAGAGGCAGAGGCCUUAUCCUCUCUGGACCAAGCAAGAGCUGCUAUUCAACCUUUGCAGAACAUGGUAGAGGCGUAUGUUCAAAAAGCACAAGCCGCUCGUGCCUUCCUUACCCUGUGCUACAAGUGCGAGCUGCCAAGCGCAGCUUCAUUGCAUGCUGCCGGGCAGGAGCUACUCCAGCUGGAUCGACAGCGCAAUGUUUCAGAGUUACCAGCACUGACUGAGGAUCGUUGGUGGUUCUCCCAGUGCCCAGAGGAGAUCAGACAUCUGCCAGAGAGUGGCAUGUUUGUCCGGUAUGCACAUGGCUACCUGAUGGGAGCGACAGCAGACGCCGAAGAUGACGACAAUGCUGACGGGACUGAGAUGGAUCCUGACUUUGCCGAAGCUGUGCCGCAAGCUGAUGUCGGUGAACUCGAACGCCACAUGAAACUUCAGCCCAGUGAAUGUGCAAGACUCGUGAGAGAGUUCCCGCAGCUGUUGGAGGGAUUCCGGAGCGUGUGUGAAUCAAUGGCAGGGACGCCCCUUACGUCGAUGGACCUCGGCCGUCUUCGUGCACUGCUUCCACUGGACGAGGUGCAACAAGUCCGGGAAGACAUGGCCAGUGCUGCCCAGGUCAGCGGGGUCGCGUUUCCGAAGGAGAUGUGCCAGGCAUUGGAGCAAUGCUCCCGGCUCGGCGAAGUGAGCACCGAAAUCCAAGCAUUGUGCACAGCAAGCCGAGUCUGGUGCCUGAGUCCGGAGCCAUGGGAGCAAAUGGAAGAUCAGUUGUUGUCUUUGCAGAAAGAGCUAUCCGACGACGGAGACCCACCUUCCAUCUCCAAUAUCUUGAAAGAUGGGCUUGGCAGCAAUGGCCUCCGAAGUGCUUCCUUGAUUUUCGAAGCUGUUCGCAAAGCAGCCUCUGUCCUCUCGGCGAUCAGGGGCAAUGGCAUGGAUGACAUUCUCAGGGCCCUGGCAGAUGCGGCCGAGCUUCACAAUUUUCUUGAGCCGAUGCUCGACGAGGACCUCCGACCGUUGCAGGAUGCGGUUGAGGAGAACUCCAAUGCAUUCAUCCGUCCAGACACGAUUGUUGCCUUGGUGGACAUACAGAGACUCUUUCGAUCUCUGCAUCAGUCAAACAGGACCAACCUGCUCCAAAGACUCAGCGAAGUUUGUGGGUCCUUGUCUCUAGACGCGCGGAGAGACGUCGCGAGCAAGCUUCGUUUGUGUGUUCAGCAUUGCUAUGGCCUGUCCAACCUGUACCAGAACCUUUCCUCACAAGAGGAGAUGGCCGGAAAGAAGAUCUUGCAGGCAUCACAGAGCGGUGUUUACAAGCUGACUUGCACUGGCCACGACGUCGAAGUUUCUCUCAGCUAUCCGACCCACAUGGGUAACGAUAAGGUGCAAGCAUCCCUGAGCAAGCAUCAACUUCUAGAUCUAAGGGCCAGGGCAUUACUGCGAGUAGACGACAGUCGUACGCUUGACUCGGCGGAGACGCCGUCAACAACCGACACGACCAUGGCCGGCUUCGUUCAAGAGGUCGAAGUCCUGCUCGAUGUGGCUGAAGCACUUGACUUGCUUCGCCAGGAAGGAUAUCCUUGGGCAGGAGGUGAGUGGAAGGCUUCCAACCCAGGUGCACUGGAGAAGCUGCUGCAAUGGCAGUCCUCCUUCGAGCAACGGCUGCAAGACUGGCAAUGCCAUCUGGGCCGGGCUCGAGAGCGGUUUCCGGAAAUGUGCUUUCUCUACUCACAGCAGCUCUGGAUCAUGUCCGACUUUGUGCAUUCGAGGAGCAUCUCACCGGGCGAGGAACGAUUGGUGAUGUCUGUGCUGAGCUUCAUCCAGGGCCGACACCUAUCCGCGGAAGAGCGGACAGCAGUGCUCUCCCACGAGACGAGUGAUGAUGCCUUUCAGUUUGUGGAAGACCUUGAAUCUUGGUUAGCAGCCUUGGGGAAGGGGCUGAAGCAGGUAGUCAGCAGAAUAGCUUCAUCCUGCCCCUCCAUCUCAGCAUGUCCAGACCUCGACGUCCACAUGGAAGCUGGGCUUCGCAGCAUAGUGAAGCCAGGAGUUCCCCGGUCAGCAAUGGCUAAGCGCGGAGAGGAAGUCUUGCCUUUGGCACUCUCCUUCUACGGAGGAUCCGGCUUCUUGCCACUGGCAUCGCAAGUUCUGUUCUGCUCAUCUUGUACUGUUUGGCCCCAGCUGGAAGCAUUCCUAGAGCGCUGCAAGCAUGUGGGAGGGCUACAUUGCCUAAUCCACGUGGAAAGGCUGACAUAUUCGUUGCAGCACAAGCUGGUCGGGCGAAUCAAGGGUGGCCGGAUGGGAAGUUCAUUUCGCUUGGUGAUUGUGGCCUUGGCUGAGGAUGACACGCAGGUGCAUGUGCUGCGGGAGAUCCCGCCGGAGCCAGCUGAUGUUUUAUCACCCGAGGGUCUGAGAGAAUUUGUCAUGCAGCUGGCCCCAAACCUAAUGAUAGUUGAGUCUGAAGAGGCAGGAUGCGGCAAGACAGAGCUCAUUCGCCAGCGCGCUUUCGCAUCCCAGAAAGUUCCUGUAACGGUUCCUCUCAGUGGCCCUCUGGAUGUUGCAGACCUGAUCACCCGUUUGUUGGGGAGAAGCUGGCAGCCUUAUGACUGCUUGCAUCUAGAGAUCGGGCCCACUGAGCAGCCAGAGCUCCUGUCAGACAUGUUAACUCAGUUGAGCCUUUGGGGUGUACUGCAGUCGGGAGCAAGCUUUUGCAUGGUGCCCUGCAGCAGUACUUUCGUCGAGCUGGCAAACCUCUCAUCCCCUAUACUUCGCACACUUCCUUUCCGCAACUUGGUGAUGCCGAAAGUGGUUCGAUUCUCGGUGCGAUCCUUGCAGGUGUCCGACUGUCCGCGCAGUCCUGUGCAAGUUGUCUGCUGCACUCUGGAUUCACUAGAUCAGCAAACGCUGAACAUGCAGCCUCUCUGCCUUGGAAAAGCCGCCAUUCCAGAAGCCAGGUGCCAGGAUCUUCUGGAAAAGUAUGUGGUGCAGAAAAUGAACCGCGGCAGCGUGUCAUAUUCUUUGAUGUUGGCACUGCUUCGCGUGCUGGCCGUGCAGCUGGUGUGUUUCCAUCAGUCAACAUACUUCCAGUGCGCAACGUUGAAGGAGCUUGGCUUGAAGGACUCAUUACGCACGCUGCUGGUCGAGCAAGCGAUUGAAGCAUGCUGCAGCUUCCUAGGCCGAGCAGUCACCGUGAGCAAGAUGAGGCAGCGGCAUCAGCAUGACCAGACCAUACUUGAAAGCUGUGCAGAGGCCUUCGAAGGCAUGAGCCGGUGGUCCGACGUCCGACCGUUCAUUCUGUUCAACACCUUCGACCGGCAGACCCUCACAGCAAUCUACCAUGAUCGCAGCACAGUCUCCAAAGCAGUGUUGGAGCUGUUUCAGUCGCAAAGUGUGAAUGGGCAGUGGGUGCUGCCGGACUACAAGAACAUGAGCACGAAAGACCUUGAAGCAAGGCUGGUCACCACCGUUGUGCCUCUGGACAGCCAGCCGGCCAACCGGGUCAAAGGAUCUGAGGCUUAUGUGAUCAGCCCGGACAACUUCCUGAAGAUGAUUUGGAUCGCAUUGCGGAUCGAGAGCAACGUCCCUGUCGUCAUCAUGGGUGAGACAGGAUGUGGAAAGACCUCUCUCAUCCGUUACCUUUCCACACUCAUGAAUGUACAGUUCAGGUGCCUCAACGUUCAUGCUGGCACCUCCUCGCACGACAUUGCCAGCUUCGUCCUGGAAUGCGCAGACCAAGCCCAGGGCGGCGGCGUGGUUUGGGCAUUCCUUGAUGAGGUGAACACGUGUGACCACAUGGGCAUGAUUACCGAAAUCAUUUGCCACCACCGAGUCUUCGGCAAAGCUUUGCCAACAAAGGUCAAGAUUCUCGCAGCAUGCAAUCCGUAUCGAAAGAAGCCGAAGCCUUCAGCGCACGAAGCCGCGGUGCAGAGGGCUCUUGCCCUCAGCGACAGCAGUCACCGACGAAGACAUUCUGACCUUGUAUACAGCGUGCAGGAGCUCCCGGAAGCUCUCUACGACUACUUGUACGACUUUGGGUUUCUGGGAAAGCCCGAAGAACGCAGCUACGUGCAGUCAAUGGUUGAGCAGAAGUUCGAGUCAAGGGAACGAGACUGGUGGCUUCCUUGCAUCACAGAGCUGAUCACCGAGUCCCACCAGUACACCGCUCGACACCAGCCAGCUUGUCUGCUGAGUUUACGCGAUGUGAAACGGUGCGUGGACCUGAUCGACUGGUUCAAGGCCCAUCUGAUGUCCAGAAGCAGUGCCAAAGCCAAAGCAAGACUUUCUCGACAGCGCCAAAGUGGUCCUGUCAACAACGGAUACUCGGACACGAAGCUGAUGCUGCUGGCCGUGCUGAAUGCACUGGCAAUUUCAUAUCAGUUCCGAUUGCCGACGAAGGAGCAUCGUGAAGACUACGCCGAUCUGGUGGCUUCCAUCCUGGCUAAGCACCAGGUGCACUUGCCACGGCUAGAUUAUCAAUGGCGGUUGCAUGACAAAGAUGUCGUGCAUCGGCUCCUGAUGGACGAGAUGAGAGAAUACUUCAAGCUGAUGCCUCAGCGACCGGACUUGACUGCACCAAAUGAAGCGCUCCUGGAGAAUGUCUUUGUGAUGAUGGUCUGCAUUCUCAACAAGAUCCCACUCUUCGUGGUGGGAAAACCUGGGAACUCGAAGUCCUUGGCUCUGCAGAUCAUCUAUGCAAACCUUCGCGGCCAAGAUUCACAGGAGGAGCUUUGGAGAAUGUUUCCUCCGCUCAAUGUAAUAUCCUAUCAAGGCUCCGAUGUCUCGACGAGUGAGGGCGUUUUGCGAGUCUUCGAGAAGGCGAAGAGCUGCGAAGAUGGCAAGUCCAUCCCGGUGGUUCACUUUGAUGAGAUUGGGCUCGCAGAGGCCAGCCCAAACAAUCCGUUGAAAUGCAUUCACGGCUGUUUGGAGCCCGGCGACCGGCUCCCACCAGCUAUGGUCGGUUUGUCCAACUCUCCCCUGGAUGCGGCGAAGCUGAACCGUGGCAUUACAGUUGUGCGACCACCACCCACGUUAAAAGACUUGAAGAAGACUGCAGAAGCUAUCUGUGAAGGCCUGAACGUCGAAGCCAUAGUUGACCGCCUGGCCCAAGCAUAUUACUUCUACUACCAGGUCCAAGUGGUCGAGGACUUUCAUGCUCUGCGGGACUUCUACUUCUCUGUCAAAGCGCUGGCUCAGACUUUUCGGACAAGCGGGCCACGCGUCAACGAACAGAGGCAGGCCAUCUUCCGGGCUGCAUUCCGCAAUUUUGGCGGUCUCCCACCCGACCUGCGACCCGGGUGCGGGCCAUGCCCGUUCCUGGAGAUGCAGUGGGGCCGAUUGGGGUUGCCCUGGCACAUGGCAGUCGAGAUGUUGAGCUUGAGAAGUGUUCUGGAAGGGAACUUAGACGACAAGCUUGCUGCGCGACAUCUGCUGCUGGUUUGCAGCGGCGGCACGGAGACGGCGGUUGGUCUUCUUCAAGACGUCGCCCAGCGACAGGAGCGCAAGAUACAGAUCAUGGUAGGAUCGGCAUUCGAUGAAGACAAAUCUGACCGGUAUGCCUUCAGCUUGCUGAAACGGGUCAUGAUCUCAAUGCAGCGAGGGGAUAUCUUGGUGCUCCGUGGCCUCGAUGUCAUCCACGGUUCGCUCUAUGACAUGUUGAACAUGUCGUACACGACUAUGAGCGGCAAACAGUACUGUCGCGUUGCUCUGGGUGAUGCUUAUCGCCUCACGGAAGUACAUGACAGCUUCCGCUGUGUAGUGUUGCAGGAGCAGUCGCAGCUGCCGACAUUGGACCCAGCUUUCUUGAAUCGAUUCGAGAAGCACUUCGUUGGCAUUGAGUGUCAAAUGACACACAAAGUUCAGAAGCAUGCACUUGAAAGGCUGCAUGAAUGGGCUUGGGAGGCGACAUCUGUGCCCUGCGCCAGCCACCUCCGAAUCCAGGAUGUUUUCGUGGGCUGGGGGCCCGAAACAGCAGCAUCACUGGUGGCACAUGUUUCCAGCACUGCGGCAGUCAAGUAUCACCGUCCUGAGCCGCUGCUUCUGGAAUGUUGGCGACGCCUAGUCUCCGUGGCCACUAUGGACGGUGUCCUCAGAGCUACAGAGCUCACUUCUUGGGCCAACUCGGAUCAACGAUCAGCACUGGAAUGGAGAAAUCUGUUCUUUGCACAGCCAAGCUCGCUAUCCCAGUGGCUUUUUGCGAGCGGGUGGCAGCAUGCACCUUCAGAAGACCAGUCAUCAAGCAGUCGCCUCGCGAUUGUGGUGACCAUGUCGCCGCUGCAGGUCAAUCUUUCUGACGUCUUGCAGGACUCCACUCCCGGAUACUUAGUUGUCGCUGUUGACGCAUUGACAUCGGAAUUGGAUCUUGAAAAGAAGAUUGACGAGUUCAGUGCUAGCAACAUGCCCCCGGGAUCUGUUCUGGUACUGCAAUGUCGUGCGAAUUCCGUGCAUGUCGAGCUGGUGCGCCACCGUGUCUACAGCCAGCUUGCGCAACACUACCGGGCUCUUCUCAUCCUACAUGGCAACAGAAAGAUGCUCGCACCCUCGUCUACUGCCCGAAGCCUGUCCAUGGAGCUGAACUUCCAGUGCGGCUGGACGCAGGUCUUCCUUGAACAGCUCAACUCCAAGAAGGACUUGAAUGUUCCAAAAUGCAUCAGCCUAUCCUUGGAGCAGCAACUGGAAGAAGCGGGCCCGCUGCAGUUCGAACGGAUCCUCAGCAGUGUGCUGCCAGAAUGCUUCUGGCACAUCAAGUAUCCUGCAACAACUGAAGCCGCACGACAUGUAAAGGAUCUUACAGAGGUCAUUUUGCAAGAUCGGGACCUGACUGCGCUCUUCAAGCAUGCGUGCAUGGAGUCGAUCUGCACGCGCACCAAGUCACGAAGGGCCUGGUGGCAUCAGGUGGCGACGGACAUGCAGCUUCUCCGAGGACAUGCCAGUUUCGCAGACUGCAUCGAAGCAUAUGUGAGACAGCAGGUUCGCAGACCUGCCGCAAUGCUGAUCCAUCGGUUGGAGAACAUGUGUGCGUUGAAGACGAUCAAGCUUUAUCCCGCUGACUGUGAGCUUCGCCGUGCUUGGUUUGAUAUUUGCAGGCAGGUGGUGUCGUUGGAGGGAGUCGCCCCACCUGAAGGAUCAGAGUGCUACCCUUACCGGCACCAUCUACAAAUGUUGCAGAUCCCCUUUGCAGCACAUUUCGCCGAGAAACUCGACAGCUUUCGUGCCCUCUACUUCGAACAGGGUCUUGACGCCAAAGGGCCAGCACAUCCUGCUUGGUCUCUUCUUCGGAGGUCCAUGGAGGCAGCAAUACCAGCAGAAUGGCUCAAGCUGUUGCACGAUCACAAGGACACCUACGUCGAAGAUCUGGCUGCAUUGCGAUUGUCGGCUGUGCCCUUGCCGCAAGCUGAGCAGCUGAGGGUCUUGAAGCCCAUUCUGCAGGAUCGGGCACAUCAGUGGGAGGUUUCAGAUCUUCAUCGAUACUUGUGGCAGCACCAGGACAGCCUCCAAACCGUGCUGAGGCAGCUUGCUGCCCUGCCAGUGAGUAUCAGAGGUCUGGACAGAUUCAUAGCAGCUAUGAGUGGGCAGGAGGCUCCUGCAAGAUCAGACAUGCCCUCCCUGGUGGCUUUGGUGACGGAUCAUGCCUGCUCCGCAUUGCAUCCAUGCCUUGAGACUCUUAGUCUGCUAAGAGCUUCUUGGCUUCCCAAUGCCCAACGUGCAUUGUCUGCGGCACGCAGUGCCCUGGAUGGUUGCUCGUCCACGGACAUCAUGAACUUGGUGUGCCCUGUCAGCGUCGGGGCUUUAAGUGUCGUGGUCAAGAUCAGCCAGGCAUUAGAGACUGAUGUUCUUGCGUUCUGGAUGUCGGAAGGGCUGAAUACCAGCAUCGCGCAGCCUGCGCAGCUGCAGAACUUGAUGGCUCGCAUCAUGGACCGCGCUCAGUCUCACAUGGACGCACGCACUUGGCAGAAGCUUCAGCUUUCCACACAUCAGGAGCUGAUCGCACAUGGUGCUUCGGAUGCCAUGGUUUGCAGCCUCACGGAGGGAAUUCCUGUUGUUGGUUCCGCCAUUCAGCUUCGCAAUCUGGUGGUAGCAGCUGUUCGAAAGAAUCCGGCAUGCUUUCUGGAAGAGUGCAGAGGAUUCGAUGCAGAUGAACACAUGCCUGAACCCGAUCAGAACGAGUUGCGAACCUUGCGAGCGCUAGCUCGCACGGCCGGUCCUUCAGCUCCACUGACUGCAAUUCUUUGUGUAGAAAUCGAAGACCACGGUUUCCCACCCUUGCAAGAAGAAGCUUUCGUUUGGAAGGAACUGCUUCCUGCUGCUCUUCAAAAAGUUGGUGCCUUGCAUCACCAGUUCGGCCUGGGCCAUGUGGUAGCCGGAGCGGUCUUGAGAGCUGCUGCUUCGCAGGGCGCGGCCUCUCUCGUCGACGCAGAAUGGUCUGCUGUGGACGGACUCGAUGGUCUUUGCAGCACAUCGGGAGGUACGCGCCUCAGCCGAGCGCACUUGCCUCCUUGGCAUCUGGUGUUCUAG